ACCCUACUUUAGCGCAUGGUGUCGCCAAUAGUGAACACGAAAUGUAUAUUCCAGCAAACCGAACGCUCGUUCCGCAAACAACACGCGGUGGUCGUUGUGCGUCGCAAGAGCGCCACUUUGAAGAAGCGUCCUCGUUUCUACCGCCAAAUCGGCCUGGGCUUCCGGGCUCCGGCGGAGGCCAUCGAUGGUACCUACAUCGACAAGAAGUGCCCCUGGACCGGUGAUGUGAGGAUCCGUGGACGCAUCCUAACCGGCGUCGUUCGCAAGGCCAAGAUGCAGCGCACCAUCGUUAUCAGGCGCGACUACCUGCACUUUGUGCGCAAAUACAGUCGAUUCGAGAAGCGUCACCGCAACAUGAGCGUCCACUGCUCGCCCGUUUUCAGAGAUGUUGAGCACGGCGAUAUUGUCACCAUUGGUGAGUGCCGUCCUCUGUCCAAGACUGUGCGCUUCAAUGUCCUGAAGGUCAGCAAGGGUCAGGGAUCCAAGAAGAGCUUCAAGAAGUACUAGAGCGGACAACCACCAUUCGGGCGUUAAUAUUUGUAGCACUUAUUCUUUUGGAAUAAAACAGAAAAAAGUAACUUUAA